UCCUGAGUAGGUAGAACUACUAUAUUAGUCGUACUAGUAGUACGGAGUCCUCCGUAGUCGACUACGUAUUAAGAAGUCUCGGUACGGCUGGAUCCGUUUUGGUGGCUCUUACCCGGCCCACCAUGUCAACUCCACCCUUUCACAUUGCUGCUCUCUCUAAACCCCCAGCCGAUGACUCCAUUCUGAGAGAAAUUACUGCGUCAGUCGUUAGAGACUAACGCUUUGCUCCAUGCCGAACGGGUCCGGAUACGAGGAGGAAGGCGCUCUUCUGUGUUCCUGCGCCAAUGGUUCGAGUGCCACGCGGUUGUCGUGGCUGCAUUGACGCCCGCCUUAAGUGCGAUGGCAGGACCCCUUGCGCACGAUGCAAAAGCCUGAACACACCCUGUCUGCGCCAGAUCCGAGCGAUCGAGUUUCGCGAUCAAGGCCCGGCCCUGCGACAGAAAUAUCAGUCGACAUCGCAGCCCUCGCACCUCUCACCGGUCUCGGAUCGCGAAGGUGGUCCUCCUUCACGGUCGACCCGGUCCAAUGUCCGAUAUCUGCCAGUUGCCUUUCCGAAUAAUGAGACGGUGUCGCAUUCGCUAUCCGUUACCGCUGUCUCAUCCCUACAAACCCAAGUAUUUACCAACUUCGUCCUAUCAGCUUUCCCUUGUUAUUUCAAGUGCACCGAAACACAAGUGCCGGUCAAUUGGGUGGAAUAUGUCGAAAAUCGGAGAGGGACUAAUUCGUGUUUCGAUUGGGCUCUUCGCGCUUGCACUACCUCCUAUGCGGGCGCUGUGCACAAUGAUCAGCGACUGCUGAAAGAAGCUCGGGUGAUGUAUAUUCAGGCCUUGCGGAGCCUUGGCGGGUUGUUGUCCCACAUCUCAACGGCCAAAUCGGACGAGGCCUUGGCGACGGCUAUUACCCUGGCGGUUUAUGAGAAACACCACUGUACCGAUGCAAACUCGUGGCUUAAACAUGCGUCAGGGGUCCGGACGCUGAUGAAGCUCCGUGGCCCGUCCGCUCAUCUUCAUGGGUUCGGUUGUGCCAUGUAUGUCGCUUAUCGAAGCUUCUUAGUCACAGAGGCCUUGGUGUCCGGGGAAGAAUGCUUUCUGCAGGAGCCUGAGUGGCAGGCCCUCAAUGAAGAAAUUGCGGCGAACAACGCCAAGCUACCCGAUUCAUCCUUGUAUACGGAUGUUGUGGAACGCGGCUUCCUGGAGAUCCUGAAGAUACCCGGGCAUGUAAAGCAGGUGCGCAAGUUGCUUUCUCUUUCAUCGGAGGAAAGGGCCAGGCGCCAGCCGGGCGUCUUGCGUAGUGUCCAGGCCGCCCGUGCGGCGCUUCGAGGGAUCAACACGGAGUUUGGUAUCUCGGUGUCGAUGCGCCGUGCUGGUCAAGGUGCUCGACAGGGCUUCAUCGGCCCGUCUCCAAAUUUCUUCCUCGACGGUUACUCCACGCUUUUCGCGAGUGGUGUUCGCUCCGGCCUGCUGAUCCUCAACCAGCUGGUCAUCGCCACAGAUCCGACACAGCGAGCUUCGCUCGAGUUAGAAUGCCAGCUUCUUUCGGGCGAACGAUGUUCGAGUCUGGCCAGCUGUGAAGACUCUGUAGUACGUCCUUUAACACCACCAGACUCUCCACACCCGCCGCAGCUAGUAGUGGAGUCUUUGAUCACUCCCUCAUACAGAAAGCCACCCACGACAGACUGGAUGGAUCACAUUGCAGGGACGAUGGGUAUGGAUGGUGUACGGGUGAGCUUGCUUGAAUAGCCUUGGACUACCAGUGGCAUUGAGCUUAUAUGAUUCUGGAGAUACCCCUAUAAACAGAUAGAAAUGUAAAUAUUGAUUGUAUGUAUUGCGAUGCUUCUUCGCGGCAGUCUCUACACUGCAAAAGCGCCGUUUGGAUCAUGCUGAUGAAACGCC